AUGCAUGCCUCUCUAGCUGUGGCGCUUACAUAUGACCGCCAUCUGAAUGGCUCCUUAGGCUGUCGUCGCACUCUAGAAGAGUGUUAUCACUGGUCUCAAAGCACAGUUCUCUUGAACAAGCGGCUAAGAGAACCGAUUCAGGCGGAAGAUAAGGAUCCAAUUUGGGGCACUGCCGCUGCUCUGGUUAUCUUAACCUUCUCAUCCCCUGACGCAUGUACACCGGAACAAGCGUGGCCUCUCAAGUCCUCCGACGCCUCCGACUUGGACUGGUUGCAUAUGAGCAAGGGUAAAAUGUCAUUGUGGCACAUGGUUAACCCGCUGCGACCGGACAGCCUUUUCCGCGUCAUGGCGGCGACCUAUGCUCAGAUGCAUUCACCAUUGCCAGAGGGAGGCAUAGAUGGUAUACCCGCGCCCUUGGCCGCCGUGUGUGACCUCACAGACUCAUCUACGGCGGAAACUAACCCGUACUUUCAUGCCGCCUACGCGGUAUCCCAGAUUCUGGACCUCCCGGAUAGCGAGGUCACAACAGGUCCGACCCAACUCUUCAUGCGGAUUAUCCAUGGCACUUUCCAAGACUUGCUCCGGAGAAAAUACCCUGUAGCGCUAUUGUUGCUCUAUCUAUGGUACCGCAAAGCAGGUCGCAGUAUAUGGUGGAUUGAACUUAGGGCUAGAGUGGAAUGUCCUUCAAUUUGCUUGUAUCUGCGGCGAUAUCAUAAAGAGAAUGGUGCUAUACAGGCAUUCCUUCCGGGGGGAGCUCUCGCCGAUAGGUGGAAUGAGUGA